ACACUUAAGUAAAGUACGUGACUUUAAGGUCUCGAUUUCGAUCCUUCUUGAUCUGGUGCUCUUAUCAUCUCAAGCAAAUCACGUCACACAACCUUUUAGUCUGGAGCUCAUGCGCGGUCCACUAGCGCCUUUCUCUGGAAUUCUUACAUAAAAAAAAAUCAUAUUUGUUCAAUUUGCAUCAAUAUCAAUCAUUUCUGUUUCAAACAAUGAAUUUUAGUUAACGUUAGUUGAGAAUAGUUAAAAGGAGUUUAAAACAUAGACCAGACGCCUUUGAAACCAUUUUUUCCUUUCUCCAAAAUACCAAAAAGUUAAUAAAGCCCACCCAAAUUCCAACGCUUCGAACGCGAAACCCAGUAAAUCAGAGUCAAAAUAAUUUGGAAAAGAAGGAUCCAAAGAUCCAAACCAAAAACCUUCUUCCAAGUGUCCCAUCUCGCACAGCCAAAUGUAUAUCUUCAGCUGCUCAAAUUCGCCCACAAGCAAAGCCCUAAAAUGCCAAAGCUAGCAUCAACUGAUCCCUCACUAACCCUAAACCUAAGAGGAGAGGAAGAAGAUGGCGAAGCACGCCACCACUGCCGUUGGCUGGGGCCACCACCACUUGCAGAAGCGUUGGCUUUUGGCUCUUCUCCUAAUGCUCUCUGUUUCAACGGUUAUUGUGUUCUGCAUCAGAGCCGCCUUCGAUUCCUGUGAUCGGAACGUUCCUAGUGCUGUUUCUGCUGCUAAUGUUAUCGGCUUGGCUCCGAAUGCCGUCCAAGUCGCCGAGAAGCGGGCCUUGCAGAUCGCUGCUGGAAAGCCGAGUCCACUCAGUUUCAUGAAGUCGAAGAUUGUUCUACUGGUGUCGCACGAACUCUCGCUUUCUGGUGGACCAUUGUUGUUGAUGGACCUGGCAUUUCUAUUAAGAAGUGUUGGUGCUGAAGUUUAUUGGAUUACAAUUAUGAAACCAUCUGAAACAGAUGAAGUAAUAUAUAGUUUAGAACAUAAGAUGUUGGACAGAGGAGUGCAGGUGGUUUCCUCUGCAAAGGGAACAGAAGCUAUAAAUACUGCUCUAAGAGCUGAUUUGGUUGUUUUGAACACUGCGGUUGCUGGGAAAUGGCUGGAUGCUGUUCUUAAGGAAGAUGUUCAUCAUGUUCUGCCUAAGGUGUUGUGGUGGAUCCAUGAAAUGCGAGGCCAUUACUUCAAAUUAGAUUAUGUAAAGCAUCUUCCUUUUGUAGCUGGUGCCAUGAUUGAUUCACACGUUACAGCAGAACACUGGAAGAAUAGGACUCAAGAGCGUUUGAAGAUUAAAAUGCCUGAGACCUAUGUUGUUCACCUUGGAAAUAGCAAGGAACUGAUGCAAGUUGCAGAAGACAGUGUGGCUAAAAGGGUUUUGCGUGAACAUGUUCGUGAAUCUCUUGGAGUGCGCAAUGAGGAUUUACUCUUUGCCUUAAUAAAUAGUGUUUCACGAGGAAAAGGGCAAGAUCUCUUUCUGCGUUCCUUCUCUGAGGCCUUGCAACUGAUUAAGGAAAAGAAAAUGCAGGUGCCACCACUGCAUGCUGUAAUUGUGGGAAGUGACAUGAGUGCUCAGACCAAAUUUGAAACGGAAUUACGAGAUUAUGUAAUGCAGAAGAAAAUUCAAGAUCGUGUUCACUUUGUGAACAAAACUCUGACAGUAGCCCCAUAUUUAGCUGCCAUUGAUGUUCUUGUUCAGAAUUCCCAGGCACGGGGAGAAUGCUUUGGACGGAUAACAAUUGAAGCCAUGGCAUUUCAGUUGCCUGUACUGGGAACAGCUGCAGGAGGCACCAGGGAAAUAGUAGUGAACGGGACUACAGGUUUAUUACAUCCUGUCGGAAAAGAGGGGGUUACUCCUCUCGCAAAAAAUAUUGUCAAACUGGCAACUCAUGUGGAGAGGAGGCUUACAAUAGGAAAGAGAGGCUAUGAAAGGGUCAAAGAAAGAUUUCUAGAGCAGCACAUGGCUGAGAGAAUUGCUGGAGUACUUAAAGAAGUGUUGAGGAAGUCUAAAAACAAAUCUAGUACACACCUUGAUUGAACCUCCCAUGUCGAUGAUGUAGAUUCAGUUUGAAUCAGAGCAGCCAUGGUUGGGAUGCCAUUUUUUUCUCACAUGGACUGACAUCUUUAAUUAUGGCCCUAGUUUUUUCUGUCUUCUUGUCUUCUUACCAUCCAGUUUUCCGUAUAGGGAUGUAAAUUAUGUACAUGCUAAGACAAUUUUCAUAGCUGUUUAUAAGUCGAGAACUAAUGAGUUUUUACUUGUUAUAGCAUAGACGUCUUGCCAUGUUGGGGCCAUGUGGAAUAAUACGUUUUCUGGGUUUGGGGUAUCAUUAUCACACAUGCUGGGAGGACUGUCCUAAUAGCAGGUUUCCGUUGCCAAUGCCGUGUAUGAAUGAAUUAUACUUGUAGUUUUAGUCAGAGCACAAUUAGCUUAAUAAAGAAUCUAGCUUAAGAGUGUCGAGUAGUUCAGAAAUCUAAGCAGCAGACUAGUGAAAAACGAUUGAGAGGAACUCACUAUAAAUAGCUUAAUUUUUUUUGUUUAAUCCGUGCUUUUCUUAUUUGUUCAGAAGGUUUAAUUCGUGCUUGGAGUCGGAAACUUUGAGUUCAGUAUUUUGAACUGUGUAAUGGUGCAUUUCUCCCGCAAAUUCUCUGCAAUAUUUCUAAAUUUUAUCCCAAAACAGGUCUGUCAAAACCGGCAGCAAAAAAUUCAAUACCAAAGAUCCCAGCAUUUCAUUCCCUUCUCUCAACUACAAAACAAACGCUUCCAGCUCAUUUCCAAUUUCAAUGGCUGCACUUCCCUCACCCAAAUCAAACAAACCCAUGCUUGCAUUCUUCGUAAAGGCCUUGAGCAGUGCUGUUAUAUCCUCACCAAAAUGGAAAUCCCCAUGGAUGAUGACUCUAAGCUUGUUUUUAACCAGGUUAAAUACCCUAACCCAUUUCUUUGGACUGCUCUUAUUCGUGGAUAUUGUUUACAAGGUCUUGUUAAGGAAUCAGUUUUUGUGUUUAAUUGUAUGAGAAAAGAGGGUACUUCUCUUGUUUCUUUUACAUUUUCAGCUCUUUUUAAGGCUUAUAGUAUGGUUCUUGAUGUGAAUUUGGGCAGGCAAAUACAUGCCCAGACGAUUUUGAUUGGUGGGUAUGGUUUUGAUUUGCAUGUUAAACAAUAGCUUGAUUGAAAUGUAUGUUAAAUUAGGAUUUUUGGAAUGUGGGAGGAAGGUGUUUAAUGAGUUGCCUGAAAGGAGUUUGAUUUCUUAAAGACUGAGCUGAUUGUUGUGUAUGCGAAAAUCGGGGAUAUGGAAUCAGCAGGGAAAUUGUUUGGUCAGUUGUCUCUGAAGGAUAUGGUGGCAUGAACGGCUAUGGUUACAGGGUAUGCUCAGAAUGCUAAACCCAGAGAGGCAUUUGAGUUCUUUGAGAACGACUGCAAAAUGAAGGUGUUGAAACGGACGAGGUUAUGUUGGUUGGGGUUAUUUGCGCCAAGUGUACAAUUACGAGAACCAUGAAAAGUGUUUGUUGUGCCAGUGGGAAGAUGUAUUUGUAUAUCUAACAAUCGUUCAUUCCAUUUUUUUUUAUUAAAAGGAUCAUUUCAUGCUUUCAUUU